AUGGGCUGCUUCACAUUCGUCAAAUUGAUGGUGGUCUUCUUCAACUUGCUUAUCUUUCAGUGUGGCCUGACCCUGAUGGCCUUGGGGAUCUGGGUGAGCGUGGACGGGGGCUUCUUCCUCCAACAGAUGGGGCUGUUCUCCGACCAAGGCAUGCAGGUCGUCAGCGUGGGCUUCUUCUGCAUCGCCGUCGGGGGCGUGCUGCUGCUGCUGGGGCUCCUGGGCUGUUGCGGGGUCCACAAGGAGAGCAAGUGUCUGCUGCUCACGUUCUUCUCCAUCCUCCUCGUCAUAUUCAUCGCUGAAGUGGCAGCUGCAGUCGUGGCUCUGGCCUACUCUUCAUUUGCAGAGAGGAUCCUCAAAGCGUGGGCGACCCCUGCUUUACAGAGAGAUUUCGGCAGCGAUCCUGUGUUUACGAAGAUCUGGAACACUACCAUGACAGAGCUGGAGUGCUGCGGUUUCACCAACUACACAGACUUUGUCGGCUCUGAGUUUGAAAAGGAGAACGAAGGCCGUCUGCCGCCAAGCUGCUGCUGGACCAACAGCACCCCCUGCAGCCCUUACGAGGCAGAGCGCAGCGCUGUGCAGGGCUGUUUCAAACAUAUCUUGGAGACUAUCAAAGAGCACUCCAUCAUCGUGGGAGGCAUCACAGCAGGAAUUGGAGUCUUAGAGAUUGCUGCUAUGAUAGUGUCCAUGUACAUGUACUGCCACCUGGACACGACAAUCAGCUGA